UCCAUGCAUGCUGCUCCUCUGUCUUUCCUGCCCUCUGCUCUGCGUCUCUGUGUUUUCGGGGGAAUUUGAAGGCUGACUUUGCAACUUCCUGCCUCGGCUGCCUCAAAGCCUUGCGCUCGGCUCCCUUCGCCACCGCCCGGCAGCCUUUGAAGGCCACCUUGGAACGACAGCUCGCUAGCUUUCAAGCCACCCCGGCAGGCCGGAGACACCUUGGCCCUUGGAGAGGGAUUUCUGCCUGAGCGCUGCAGGCAGGCGAGGCAGCGCCAGCGCGCCGCUGAUCUGAAGUCCCCUUUCUCUCUGGCUGCGCGGAUGGCAGAGAGACAGCGAAGCAACGGCUCGGGCGCUCCUGCAGCCAGCUCCUCUCUGGAUGAAUCCAAGCCACCUUUGGGCUCCCCGCUUGGCGUUUGCGCCAGCGCGGGGGAGCCAAAAUACUCCCGCAGCCCCAGCGGGACCAUCCUGCAGGAAGAGCUGCAGAAUCUCUGCGGGAAUCCCCAUUACACGGCCUGCCUGACCUGGAUUACCCGAAACAAUAACAACCCCAUAUGUCAGGGCUGUAAGGCAGAAGAUUCUGGCCUUGCUGGGAGAUCUGAAGAAAAGGGUCUUAGCAAGGCUGCCGUUAACAAGGAGAUUCCGGAAUUUGCUGUACAUUGUGGGAUCCCGGGAUGCAGGUGGAUGGGUGCCAUGACCAAUUUGGAAGAUCAUCGCCGCACGUGUGAAUAUGUCCUGGUCAACUAUGGUCAGGCAGCGAUGUGCAGGAUGUCGAUGGAUCCAGACACUGGCGAUCUUCCCAGGACAUCCGAGAACGAACACCAGAAUCCUUCAGGGCUUUCCCCCAGUGAUGAAGGUUGCCGAUUUUCCAGGAUUGGAUGCUCCUUCAAGGGAAACACAGGGGACCAAAAAGCACAUGAGAAGAACGCUGCGGGAAGGCACCUGUUGCUGCUGCUCCAGUAUGUCAAGCACCUGAAGGCGAAUUCAUCCCCAAGAGUCAGUCAGCCCAACGCACCAUCAGUAGAUGCCAAGCUUUGGAUGAAUGCCCCCCCCAGCCUGAAGAUUCAAGAUCCUGGGGAAGAAAGCUCCUUCUCUGCAUUGCCUGUGGAGGAGGGGGAGGUGAGCUGGUGCACGCUGUUGAGAAAAGUGAAGAGGGUCUCCUGGCUGGAGAGCAAGCUGCAGGUCUUUGAGAACAUCACAUCAGUGCUGAGCAAGGAGAUGACUUCAUCCCGCCAGAAAAUCUUGGCCUUCCGGGGACAGAGGGGCCUUGACCAAGAUAUGAUUCGUGGCUUAGAGCUGAAGAUUGCUGAUCUCCAGCGAUGCCUGGCGCAGAAAGAUGUCACGCUUCUCAGACUGGAGAAGAGACUUCACUCCUCCAAGCAAGUUUCUUAUGAUGGUGUCUUCCUCUGGAAAAUUACUGAUGUUCAUCAGAAAUGCUACGAAGCCAUAUGUGGGAAGAUCAACAGCUUCCAAUCACCCGCCUUCUACACCUCCCGAUAUGGGUACAAACUGUGUGUGAGGAUCUAUCUGAAUGGAGAAGGCAGAGGCAAGGGAACACACAUCUCGCUCUUCAUCGUACUCCUCAAGGGGGACCAUGAUGCACUGCUCCCUUGGCCUUUCACGCACAAGAUUACCUUUGUGUUGCUCAGCCAGGACGACGGAGACCAUCUUGCGAUGGCUCUCCAUCCUGACCCCACCUCCGCCUCCUUUCAGAGGCCAGAGACGGACAUGAACGAGGCCAACGGCUUUGCCAGAUUUGUCCCUUUGGCCAAGUUGCAGUCACCGAAAUACGCUUAUUUAAAAGAAGGCACCUUGUUCCUCAAGUGCAUCGUAGAAACCGGUUCAUGAAUCCUGUCUUUCUGGAGCGAGGGCAUAUUUAAAAGCUGGGAGCAAAACUGGAAACAUCUCGGGUGAUACGGAUUUACAAGAAGGUUGAUUUGGCCCUGCAAAAGGGCUGAUCCAGCACUGCAGUGGAACUGAUUUGGGUCUGCGCUGGAGGUGGGCUGCGUGUUCCAGUUUCUGGUCUCCAACUCCUUUCCUUGCGUCCCUAGUCCUAAUCCAGAGCGAGAGGACAUUGUCUUUGUGUCAUUUUCAAAAGCUGUUUUCCUUUCCUUGUAAAAGUCAAAAUCUGGCAUGGUGAGAUGACAAAUGUGACCGUUUUUGUGAGCACAUUGAAUGCCAAAUUUUGGGUGUAGUGUGUGAGAAGUGUCAUGUUACUAUUUUUUUUUUUUGGUCAGGAGGGCAACUUUCAGCUUAUUAAUUUUUUGAAAUUAAUUGACUGGAAACAGGGUGUAAACCCAAUUAGACGUGUCGUAAUUAGCGUACAGUGUAUCCUGUGUAGUUUAUUUAACUGACUGAUUAAAGAUGCUUCCGAAGAA